AUGGACCGUUAUAAUUCUAACGCGUGUUUACUAGAUUCAGAUGUAUUCACCAUUGUACAUGGCGGAGAAGAAGAAUAUUCCUUUUCAUCCGGAUACGAAUCGAGCGACUCGUCUGAUGACGUGAGUGAUAAGGAAGCUUCACCCUCAGGCCUCGGUUGUCCAGGUGAGAUGAUGUUCUUCAGCAGCACGAGCGCUCUCUGUAACAGCCUCGAGUUUAUCAUUACGAUGCCGGAAAUGUGCAACGUGACGUUUCUCGUCGGAAGAAGCCGAGUUCCAGUGCAUGGAGUUAAAGCUAUUCUUGCAACCCGAAGCAGACUUCUGUACCAGCUUAUCCUGCAGCACCAGAGAGAGGCUGACAGACAGAGCGCGCAGAGGUCAAGGUCACACCGUCACCGGUCAGUGGAUCAACUGAUUAUCCCAAUGGAGGAUUACAGAGAAGAAGAGUUUUACAGACUGGUCAAGUUUCUUCACUCUGGCAAAAUCAGGAUUGAUCUCAAGGUUGUUGUGGGUAAGCACUUGCAUAUAAAAAUGACUAUGAUGAAUGUUGUGGUAGAGAUACUGUAA